AUGCAAGCAACCUAUGACCCAUGCAAACAUGGAUCUUGACAACUGAUUACUACUCUCCGACACGCCUCCUCUGCUCUGUGGCAUCUGUACCUAGCAGCGCUGUUAUAUUCACAUCCAGCGUAUACGAAACUGACGUACUAAAGCCAUCAAUUGUCGCUUUCACGCUCGUCGCUUCCGAACUUCCAUCUGCCUCAGCCAUUCUACCGACAGAGUGCUUUACUUGUUUUCUGGGCCAGAAAGUUGGACUCAAUCCCGGUCUUUAGUGCUACCUCGGUGCUGACUGCCCUUUCUUCUGGGGAUCCGCCUGCAUUGUCCUAUCCCACCCUCGUCAAUAGGAACCGCCUCUCUCGACAAAGGGCAUCCACCUGAGAAUCGAUGGCCAAGCGCGUAGCGAGGCUCGGAGGGGCCACAGGGAACCUGCGCAUCCAAACGGCACGAUACACCCUUCGUUACCAAGUCGAACACGAGAUGCCUUUCAUCGCCGCUCAACAAUUAGCUUUGAACAACGCUAUAAGAGUCAAACUUUCUCAUCUAUACCAAACCCGGCCUCGCGAUACGCUAUGGUACUCAUUUGGCCUUAAAAUGCUUUUAGAUUACAAGAGUGUCGUUCGAUCAUGGGCGAUGGGAAGGUCCAGAGUGGCGUUUCGCAAAGCUUUGGCGGAGCGUGGAUACGAUCAGGACGGCAGAGCGAUCAGCUCUUUUCCAAGGGCCGCUACUGAGGAAACAAAGAUUGCCGGCUUACGAGGAUCGGUUGACUUUACCGUGCGGGAAGAGGUCGUCACAGCAAAGUCUUCGGACAUUGAGAAGGAUAUGCGAGAAAUUGUGGACAAAAUAAUCAGGGUGAUGCUUCAUGCUCCGAAAGCAGGGACUGGCAAGCUGAAGCAACGUGUCUUAUGGGAUAAUAAGCAGCCUAAGCGUAAAUGAUAUACAGUUUGAUACUGAAUCAAGAUGAGAAUGGC